AUGCUUAGAGUAGUCUCCCUUACCAACCAUGUGACCCUUACUUUGAAUGAAGUCAUUAACAUACUUGAAGAAGAUGACCAGCAGUACGACAGUGCUGAAAUUACUAUACCGCCUCCACCAAAUGGCCCUCUUACAGAUGAAGAUAGUGCAGAUGAGGAUAAGACUGGGAUUUUGGAUAACCUAAGUGAUCGACCAUUAAAUGCACCUGCAUCCGCAACCCUUAUGAGCGAGGAUGGAAGUAAUAUCGUUUUAGAAGAGGCUACACUACGAAGACGAAUGUAUUGGUCCUAUGACAAAGAUAUCCACAAUGAUGCAAUAUCAUCGGCUAUGUCCAGAGAUAGGUUUGAUGAGAUCCAGAGAGAUCUUCAAAGAAGUGACAAUAGCCAGCUGGAUCCACAUGGCAGGUUCAGUAAGAUUAUUGUUUUUAACUCGUAUGACACCCACAUAAUAGUUUACGUACAUGUACCCGAAAUGGUUGUGGUACCUAGGGACGAUUAUGAUUGUGUAUCAUAUCACAAGGUUUAUCAAGUUGAUUCUACUCUUGAUGACUCAAGAGCUCGAGUUGUUGAAGAUCUGAAACACCUCAAACAUGGCUACAACUACCAAGAUGCCUUCAAAACUAAACCUAAGUUUAUAUGGCUAGUGCGGAUCAAGAUACUAAUGACGAUAAAGGAAGUGCCAAAGUUAGAAAAGGUAAGUAAGACGGUUGAUAUUAAACCUGACUGUAGUAAACUAACAGAGUAUUUAUAUUAUAAUAUGUAUCAUGUUAUAGCUAAGAAGGAUGUUAUUAAACCUGACUGUGGUAAACUAGCAGAUGGUAUAACGGAAGGUCUAGAUGAUGAUAUUGUCAGUAAAAUGUAUGAUGAUUUACUACUACAACUUGGCUUUGUUGAUGGUCAAUUUAAACUGACAACUACGGAAUCAUCUAAAGAAAUUUCUGAUUACAAAAACCCAUUUAAAUUUGGCUAUUUAUUAAAAGUCAAACCAUCAAGAUCACAACGGUGCAGAGCUGGAUUUAGAAGAGCAUUAAAAGCCAUUAAAAAUGUUUUAACCAGACCAUUUUUAAUUUGCCGUAACAGCAAGAUCCAACCAAAUAGUGAAAAAUAA